GCUCGCUCGUUCUCUCUCUCCCUCCCGACCGCCUCUUGAACCGUUGGCCCUUCGCAGCGCCGGCCGACCUCCGCGUGGCUCCCCAAAGAGAUGAGCAAUUGCGCUCUCCCGCUGCUUUUGCUGCUGCGCUUUGGGGUUUGCGCCUCCGCCGAGGACGCGGGGAGCGCCGCCUCCCAACCGGACGGAGCGCUGCCUCGGGGAGAUAACAGCGUAUCUCACCUGCUACACCUGGAAGAAGAGCUAUCCACACCUACCACAAUUCAGAAAAUGCAAGUGCAAUUCAAUGUCCGUACUAUGACAGAGCCAGAAGACAAAGACUGCAGUCUUAAAACCGGCCAAGACCAGCUUCUCGAAGACUGCAAGUUCAAUGUCUCAGCUAAAAGUUUUUUUAUUAUUCAUGGAUGGACAACAAGUGGCUUGAUUGAAAGAUGGCUGGAUACCCUUGUGUUGGCUCUGCAGCAGAGAGAAAAGGAUGCCAACAUCGUGGUGGUUGAUUGGCUUCCCCUUGCACAUCAGCUCUACACCAAUGCUGUCAACAACACCCGAGUGGUUGGAAAAGAGGUUGCGAAACUACUUGAUUGGUUACAGAAGAAAGAGGGCUUCCGUCUCCAAAAUGUCCACUUGAUUGGCUACAGCCUUGGUGCCCACGCAGCUGGCUUUGCUGGGAACUAUGUACAUGGGACAGUAGGCAGAAUCACAGGCUUGGAUCCAGCUGGCCCCAUGUUUGAAGGGGUUGAACCCAACAGCCGCCUGUCUCCUGACGAUGCUGACUUUGUAGAUGUCUUGCACACAUAUACCAGGGAAACCCUGGGUAUCAGCAUUGGGAUCCAGAUGCCCGUGGGUCACCUGGACAUCUACCCCAAUGGAGGAGACAUCCAGCCGGGAUGUGGCUUUGGUGAAGUCUUGGGAGCGCUUGCUUAUGGGAAUAUUGGGGAAGUGGUGAGGUGCGAACAUGAACGCUCUGUGCACCUUUUUGUGGAUUCCCUUGUCAACGAAGACAAGCAGAGCUUUGCUUUCCAGUGUACGGACUCGGGGCGUUUCAAGAAGGGCAUCUGUUUGAGCUGCCGGAAGAACCGCUGCAACAGCAUCGGCUACAAUGCCAAGAAAAUCAGGAAUAAAAGGAACAGCAAGAUGUACUUGAAGACACGGGCCGGCAUGCCAUUCAAAGUUUUCCACUAUCAAAUGAAAAUCCACGUCUUCAGCUAUCAAACCAUGGGAGAAGCUGAACCAACCUUCUCAGUAACGCUGCACGGCACCAACGGUGACUCCCAGCCUCUUCCUCUGGAAAUGUAUGAGCAGAUAGGUCUGAAUUACACAAACACCUUUCUCGUCUAUACGGAAGAAGAUGUUGGUGAUAUUCUGAAGAUCAAACUCGCUUGGGAUGGUUCGACUCAGACCUGGUACAGCCUCUGGGCGGGACUGAAAAGUUAUUGGUCUCAGCCCAAGAACUUGUCCGAAGAGUUGCAUAUCAGGCGUAUCCGUGUGAAGUCGGGUGAAACUCAGCGGAAGCUUACAUUUUGUGUUGAAGACCUCCAAGAGACCAAAAUAACCCCUGGCCAAGAGCUCUGGUUUGUAAAAUGCAGGGAAGGCUGGCAAAAGAAGAACGAAACAGUGUAA